CCCAUAUUCGCCGUCGGGCCGCUCAAUCCGGUGCCGGUUCAUCAUAAAACAAGUAGUACUCGCAACGAUUGCUUGGAGUGGCUGGACCAGCAUCCACCAUGCUCUGUCAUGUACGUAUCCUUCGGCACCAUGUCAACAAUCUCUGACGAGCAAACGGAACAACUCGCCUUUGGGCUUCGUCGAAGCGGUCAACGCUUUCUUUGGGCUCUACGGGAUGCUGACCGGGCUGACAUCUUCACCACCGAGAGCAAUAGCCGACAGUUGCCGGCCAAGUUCGAGGAAUCGGUCGAGGGAGUGGGGAAGGUGGUGAGGGGUUGGGUGCCACAGCUGGAUGUGUUGGCCCAUAAGGCCAUAGGUGGCUUCUUGAGCCAAUGCGG